UCCCUUUGCCUUCAAGCCCUGCCUCGUUUCCUGCUCUCCUCCGAUCCUUCCUCCUCUGCAACCAGCUGUUGGGGUUUCGCAUGACAAGUAGCAGCCAUGGGAGAUGUGGAGCGCAAUUUCAUGGCUCUCCGGGACGAACUUGUAGCUGCUUUGAUCGAGAAUCCCUUAGAGCAGAACCCGGAAACUGUACAGCGUCUGCUGGAGAUGCCGUUUUCCCCUGCCCAGAAAUAUCUGGAGAUAGAUGCUAAAGGCAUUAUACAAGCCAAUACCCAGGGGCAGCCUCAAAAGGACCUUCGCACCAUCUCCACUGCCCUGAACAUCUUGGAGAAAUAUGGGCGCAACCUGUUGAACCCACACAAGCCCCGCUUCUGGAGGACCGUCAAGUUCAACAAUCCCGUUUUCCGGGACACAGUGGACACCAUCCAGGGUGGGCGAGACGUCCUUCGCCUCUACGGAUAUUCAGAGGAACAGACGGACGGACUUUGCUUCCCGGAGCAUCUGUUGGAGCCAGAUACCCCUCAUGUGGCCUCCAUCACGGUGGAUGUCAUGGUGUUAAGGGCUGAACUGAAUCUCCUUAUUUCGGACAACCACCCCAAUCCUCUGGUGCUGCAGGAACUAUUGCAGGGCGGGGACAGCUUACAGGCCGGCCUAAUCGCAGACGCCUUCCCCGUUCAAGAAGCGAUACCGCCACGCGCCGUUUCAACAUUAUCGCCCACAGGUUACCUGCCCCCAGAAUCCUGCCUGCUGUGUGGUUUGGAGCCCCCGUUGCUGCAUUGCCCUGCUUGCGCCCAGUCCCUGUGCCCAGACUGCGACCUCCUCUUCCACAAGCACCCCUCGCGGACCCAUCACUGCCGGGUGCCCAUGAAGGAGAAAGCUUGGCGUAGCCCCCCUGCACCCAGCGUGACCCUGCUGACCUCUGACGCCGCGUCCCUGAGGCCUCCGACAGAGCCCCUGAUGCCGCCCUGGCACAGCCUGACCACCCAGCGGCUCCCUUGGUGCUGUGCCGCGUGCCGCACGAACAACGACGCCCGCUCGGUCCUGUGCGUGGCCUGCGACAGGCCCCGCGGCUGCAAGACGCCCCUGAACCCGUCGCCCGAGGACGAGCUGGCCAGCUUGGGGCAGCUGGCACGGGGGCGCUGGGCGUGCCAGUCGUGCACCUUCGAGAACGAGCCGGCCACGGUCCUGUGCGCCAUGUGCGACAGACCCCGCCUGGCGGGGAAGCCCGGAACGGGAGAUGCAAAGCCCCUCAUCGCCUGGGGCAAAGAGCCAGGGCCACAACAGGAAGACGCCUCGGGCUGGCAGUGCGAGCACUGCACCUUCUGGAACAAGUGCCCCGGGCGGGUGUGCGAGAUGUGCAACUGCACCAGCCAGCGAGGGGGCCCCGAGCCCUCGCGGCCCCACGCCAAGCCGGAGAAGGAGGAGGACGAAAGGUCGAGGAAGGGGGCGGCGGAGGUCAAAGCCGAUCUGAGGAGUCUGCGGAAGGCUCUGCCCAUCUCCCAGGAGGAGGCGGAACAUCGGAGGCAGGAGAAACUGCGGGAGGACGGGCAGAAGAUGGUGGCCAUGAUCCGGGAAGCGGAAAAAGUCGGCGUGGCACCCGAAUUGGUGGCGGCCGCCUUGCGCUACUCCGGGGCGGAGCUUCCCCUGGCGUGGCUGAAUUCGGAGCUCCCUGGGGUGCUGGAAGGCGUGGCUGAGCUGGCCACGCAGCGAGGAGAGCAGGAGCCCGGCGGAGGGCUGGGGGUCUUGACCCGCCAGGAAGUCCAAGCGGCUUGGACAGAGAGCCUGGGGGACGUGGACGAGGCCGUGAGCCGAUGCCUCAGCGCACGGCGCAGGAAGUUGCGGGAGCUGAAGGCGCUGGGCUUUGAGGAGCGUGGCCCCGUGCUGCAGGCCCUGUACCAAAACAACGGGGAUCUUUGGCGAGCGUUGACACAGCUGCAGUGCCAGCGGUUGGAGCCCUUCCUUCAGCGCUUGUGGGAGAACGAGGACCCUCCCUUCGACUUCCACAGCCCCGACCGACAGGCUCUCCUCCGCCGCCUGCUGGCCUCCCUUUCCCUGCCCAGCUGGGGCCGAGCGGAGCUGGUGGUCUCCUUGAUGCUCGAGCAGCCGAGCGAAGGCGGAUGGGAGCUGGCCGACAUCGUGGAGGCCGUCAAGGCCUCGCCUAGCCGGGACUUCAUCAAGCGUCUCUUGAGCUGGGAGUGCGCCGUCUGCAGCCUGGCCCUGCCUCGCAAUAAGAUGCAGUCGCUGACGUCGUGCGAGUGCACGAUUUGCCCGGAAUGCUUUGCCCUGCACUUCACCAUCGCCGUGAAGGAGAAGCACAUCACGGACCUGGUGUGUCCGGCCUGUUCGGAGCCCGAGAUCAGCGACGAAGGGGAACUCAUCAACUACUUCUCCACCCUCGAUAUCCAGCUGCGCGGCUGCCUGGACCCCGAGACCUAUGAGCUCUUCAACAAGAAGCUGAUGGAGCGCGUUCUCAUGCGCGAUUCGAAGUUUCAGUGGUGCACGCAUUGCUCCUUCGGCUUCAUCUACGAGUCUGAGCAGCUGGAGGCCAAAUGUCCGCAGUGCCGCAAGAGCUUCUGCGUCCAGUGCAAGCGUCAGUGGGAGCCUCAGCACCAGGGCCUGACUUGCGACGAUUUCCUGGAGUGGAAGCGGACCAACGACCCCGAGUACCAGGCCCAGGGCUUGGCGGUCUACCUGCAGGAGAAUGGAAUUGCGUGUCCGAAAUGCAAGUUCUCCUACGCUUUGGCCCGCGGAGGCUGCAUGCAUUUCCAGUGCUCCCAGUGCAGGCAUCAUUUCUGCAGCGGCUGCUACAGCACCUUCUACGCCAUGAACCAGAAAUGCCCCAUUGCCGAGUGCCCUAUAAGGCGUUCGCUCCACGGCCACCACCCCCGAGACUGCCUCUUCUACCUCCGUGACUGGGACGUGCCUCGCCUGCAGCACCUCUUACAGGACAACAACAUCGUGUUCAAUACAGAUCCUCCGGCCGGGACCCGUGCCACCCCUGGAGGCGGAUGCCGUGUGAUGGAGCAGAAGGAGACCAUGAACGGGCUGAAGGACGAGCCGUGCGGGAAGGAAACCAAAGCCGGUUACGCUGGCCUUUGCCAGGCACACUACAAGGAGUACCUGGUCAGCCUCAUCAACAGCCACUCCCUGGACCCAGCCGUCCUCUACACCCUGCAAGAAGUAGAGAACGUCUGCCGGCGACACUCUCCCGCUGUGAUGCUGCCCCCUCGGGCGCCGGCCGAGGAUGACGAAGCUUAUCGAGGGCGUUUGGUCAAGAUUCUGAUGGACCAGGAACCUCUGGGCCCCAAAAUCCCACGCCGAAGGAAGUAGGCGGCCGUUGCCGGAGCUGAGAGGAAUCGGGAGGUGCGCGGCUGCAGUCUGGCUCCUUGUUGGGGAGAGUUUGUCUGGGGAAAGCUGACCAGAAGCGGGCCUUGCGUCUUCAGGAAAAGCCUCCUCGCAGAGGAGGAGGAUCAAUGUUAAUAUUUCUUAGUCUUUUUAUUUGGAGUUUCCGAGGUGCCUUUCUCAACGCUGUCUUCCUACUGUUCAGGGAUGGGGCUGGCCGAGUCCGAGGCCUGACCCCUUCCCGUUCUUUCCUUCUCUCCCUCAUCGCGACUCCGAAUAAACAGUUCUGUGUUUUAAAAGAACAA